AUGGACUUCACCAUGAGAGGCUGCGAGAGGAUGGGGAACCCUGUGUAUCCCUGCUGCCAGACCAAAAAGCACCGCGAUUCCACCCGGCGGCGUCGAAGUGCCAAUGCCGACAUUCUCGAGAGCGUCGGGCUGCCCACGACCGGGUCGUUCCACGACAUGAAGAGCCUGCACGGGAAUACACUCUACCAAGUCACCCACCGGCGAGACCGGCUCUGCGGGCUCAGGACCGCUGUCAAGAGCAUGGCCAAGGCAGCCAAGGCAGCAGUGACCCGGUCAAGAGCAAUGGCCAGGAAAACGGCAAAACUGGACACGCCUGCCCGGAGACGAUACAUGUCUUGGACCAAGGACGGCCUCCGACAUCGCGGCUUGUCGAUGCAUUCUUCGGCGUCCAGCGAGACACACGAUCAGGGGCUGCCAAAAAUGCGAGGUGGGUACUCGCAUUCCUCAGAUCUCGCGGAGACAAUGGAGAACGAACUGCAGGUCGAACGCGCCGGGACUCAUGCAGACUAG